AUGUGGAAGCCAAACCCGAAGUAUGAAAAUUCAGCCUAUGCAGAAGUGAUGAAGGGAGAGGGCCUUAUCAUACGUGGAAGAAUUGAGGACUGCCCCGGAAAACCACCCCAAAGCCAAGUCACUAUGGUAACAUACAGGUUGCUUUCCCUGCAACAACGCUGCUCCCACAGCCCCGAAGGAAGCAAGACUUACUGUACUGGCUCAAGAUCCUCCGAUUGCUUGAAAGAUAACUGGAAGGGAUCUGGUAGAAUCCGCAUGACAAAGAUGAUUCUCUAA